AUGACGACUGACAAGGUCAAUCCCACGGUGGACCACCAGGACAAGCCCGUCCACGAGGCUGUUGAGGUCUCACAGCAGGGCAGCGAUGAGCAAGUUGACAACUUGAUUGAUGACAUGGAGUCGCAGCUAGAGGCUGCGGGCGGCAUCAAAACGGGCUUCUUUAAUAUUCAAUUCAAGAACCCCAAACAUUUCACCUGGCUCCUGGUCGCUUUUGCGUCCAUGGGAGGUCUCCUUUCCGGCCUUGAUCAGAGUCUCAUCUCUGGUGCCAACCUUUACCUCCCGGCCGAUCUGAAUCUCGAUACCCGCCAAAACAGCUUGGUCAAUGCUGGUAUGCCGCUUGGCGCUGUCGGUGGCGCACUCAUCUUGUCGCCCGCCAACGAAUACUUUGGCCGUAAAGGAGCCAUUAUCCUUUCCAUCAUUCUCUACACCAUUGGCGCUGCGCUUGAGGCAGGUGCUCUGGAUUUUGGCAUGAUUGUUGCCGGUCGCGUUGUCCUUGGCCUGGGUGUCGGUCUCGAAGGCGGUACUGUUCCGGUAUACGUCGCAGAGACCGUUGAGCGCCGCAUUCGCGGCAACUUGGUGUCGCUGUAUCAGUUCAACAUCGCCUUAGGAGAGGUUCUUGGUUAUGCUGUGGCGGCAAUGUUCCUCAGAGUCCCUGGCAACUGGCGCUAUAUUCUCGGUUCUUCCCUUCUCUUCUCCACCAUCAUGUUCUUCGGAAUGCUCUUCCUUCCCGAAAGCCCUCGAUAUUUAAUGCACAAGGGUCGUGUUCUCGAUGCGUUCAAGGUCUGGAAGCGAAUCCGUGGUGUUGAAGACGCUGAGUCUCGACAAGAGUUUUACGUCAUGUCUGCGAGCGUCCUACAAGAAGAGACAGCUGUGCAUGAAGGCGCUCAAAAUAAGAGAUUCCCUUGGAUGGACUUUUUCACGGUUCCUCGCGCUCGUCGCGCUUUGGUUUACGCCAACAUCAUGAUCCUUCUUGGCCAGCUCACUGGUGUCAACGCAAUCAUGUACUACAUGUCGGUUUUGAUGAACGAAAUUGGUUUCGAUAAAGAGCAAGCAAACUAUAUGUCGCUUGUUGGUGGAGGUUCACUUCUUCUUGGCACUAUCCCGGCCAUUUUCCUGAUGGAAACCUGUGGUCGUCGCUUUUGGGCCAUUAUGAUGUUACCCGGUUUCUUCAUCGGAUUGGUCAUCAUCGGUAUUGCUCAGAAAAUAGACCCAGCAACCAACCUACAGGCUGCAGAGGGCGUGUAUCUGACUGGCCUUAUCAUUUACAUGGGCUUUUUCGGUUCGUACGCCUGUCUGACAUGGGUAGUACCGUCUGAGGUCUACCCGACCUAUCUUCGUCAUUACGGCAUGACUACUUCAGACGCUCUUCUCUUCCUCGCGUCAUUUGUUGUUACAUACAACUUUAGUGCCAUGAAGGAUGCCAUGUCGCCCACCGGUCUUAUGCUUGGAUUCUAUGGCGGCAUCGCAGUAAUCGGCGAGGUGUAUCAAAUCUUCUUCAUGCCCGAGACGAAAAACAAGACCUUGGAAGAGAUUGAUCAGGUUUUCUCUCGACCUACCAUGGAUAUUGUGCGCGAAAACUGGGCUGGUGUCAAGUCCACAAUGAAUGAUGUCUUCCAUGGUCGCUUCAGUAAGAUUUUGGCAGAACAGACAGCCAGAGAGGAUUACCUAGUCAGGGACGAAAAGGCAAGUGCUUAG